AUGUUGGAUAUUUCGAUCAACCUCAAGAGCGCAGGCAGUGGCUUGAGUCACGAACUGUAUACCACCAAUGACGAAAUAGUCGGAGAAGUUGUCAUCAUUGCUACCGACGACAUCCACGUAGACGACCUGGACAUAUCUUUCAUCGGAAACACCCAAACCCGCUUCGACAACUUCGGCGCCGCCCCAGUAGCGCCACACAUAUCGUACACGGACAAACGCUUCCUCCACCUCCAACAGCCCUUCGAAAAGCCCCCGAGCGGCAUGAUCCUCAAAGCCGCCCACCCCCACUCCUUCCCUUUCAACUUCAUCGUCCCGGACCGCCUCCUCCCCAGCUCCUGCCCCUGCCUCCACUCCGACGAACACCUCCUCCCUCCCCCCACCAUGGGCGGCGCCCACCGCUGGCACCACGGCCAAACCACCCUCGACGACCCCACGCCCGUCAUGGCCCAGGUCGCCUACACCAUCACCGCCAAAGUCCUCUACAACAAGCCCGGCGGCACUCACGGCCGUCGCUCCGUCCAGCUCGCAGACUUCUCCCGCCCCGUCUGCGUCGUCCCCGACUUCCCUGAAUCACCCCCGAUCUUCCUACAGCAACCCAGCAGCCGCGACGCGCCACCAUCCGAAUACCGCCUCCGCCAAGAAAAAACCAUCUCCAACGGCCUCUUCUCCCGCGGCCGCGCCGGCUGCCUCGUCGUCGAAGCGCAGCAGCCAUCCGCGCUGAAGGGCGGCCUGCGCAAGAAAGGAUCACCCGCCUCGACGACGCUGUUGCUCAGGUUCGAUCCUGCGUCCGAUGAUGAUAGCUGCGGGCCCCCUCCACAGCUCGAAGACGUCAAGCGCAAGAUCCAGGCGACGACGGUCUUCCGCGCGGGGCAGAUGGAGGCAGAUCCGGCGUACGGAGGGUUGGUGAGCGCGGCCGGACCCCACCAGCAGCAAGGGCAGCAGCGGUCGUACACGGAAGCCGUCGCGCUGCCGUCGCUGUGCGUGUCGGGGGCGCGGUGGGUGCGGUGCGGAGCGAGUUGGGCGCAUGAGCGGUUGUUUGAAGAAGGCGGGGGUGAUGGGAUCAGGGGGUUGGAGACGAUGGUGGCGCCGUCGAGCGCGUACAGGGGUGGCCCGUAUUAUUUGCUCAAGUUGGUGAUCCCCGUCGAGUAUCCGCCCGACAAGGCGCUUGUGCCGAGUUUUCGGUCGUGUUUGGUGGAUAGGAUGUAUAGGCUGGAUGUCACGGUUACGCUGGGGUCGUUUUCGUCGGUUGCGGUGAGGGUGCCGAUUCAGCUUUGUACAUAG